GCACCCUGCCCGCAGCACCGCUCCCUGCCCGCAGCACCGCUCCCUGCCCGCGCAGCCUCGGCACCAGCCCCCGCCGCCCGUGCCCUGCCCGUGCCCUGCCCGCAUCACCCCGCUCGCUGCCGGCACAGCCCGUCCAUCACCCCCCCUGCCCGCUGCGCUGCCCACCCCGCCUGCACCACCCUCCUCGCUGCCGGUACCGCUGCCUGCUCCUGCCCUGCCCGCGGCCCCGCUUCCACAGCCCGAACACCGCCCCUCGCUGCCUGCCCCCUGCCCGCCGCACCCCGCCCUGCCCGCACAUCCCCGCUCUCUGCCUGCCCCCCGUCCCCUGCCCGCCCCCCGAUGCCGGCCCCGCGCCGCUGCCCCCGUUGGGUGAUCGAAUUCUUCUCGUACGAGACGCCCAAGUCGGUGGUGGUGAGGAGCUGGGUGGUGGGCGCCACGCACCGCGCCGUGCAGCUCCUCAUCCUCGCCUACUUCAUCGGCUGGGUGUUCCUCCAUGAGAAAGCCUACCAAGUGCGGGACACCGUCAUCGAGUCCUCGGUGGUCACCAAGGUGAAGGGCAUCGGGCGCUACGAGGGGCGCGUGCUGGACACGGCCGACUACGUCACCCCCCCCCAGGGCACCUCGGUGUUCGUGGUGGUCACCAAGCAGAUCCUGACGGAGCAGCAGGCGCAGGGGCUCUGCCCCGAGAGCGAAGCCGCUUUCCGGUGCCGCAGCGACCGCGACUGCCGGGGCAGGAGCCCCACCACCGGCAGCGGGCUGCUGACCGGCCGGUGCGUCCCCUACAACGAGACCCUGCGCACCUGCGAGAUCCGGGGCUGGUGCCCGCCCGAGGUGGACACGGUCGACGUCCCCAUCAUGCUGGAGGCCGAGAACUUCACUCUCUUCAUCAAGAACAGCAUCCGCUUCCCGCUCUUCGGCUUCGAGAAGGCCAACCUGCCCCCCCCCGGCGCCGGGGGGGACCUGGGGCGCUGCCGCUUCCACCCGCAGCUCCAACCGCUCUGCCCCAUCCUGCGCCUGGGAGACGUGGUGCGGCUCGCGGGGCAGGACUUCCGCACGCUGGCCGCCACCGGGGGGGUGCUGGCCAUCAAGAUCGGGUGGGUGUGUGACCUGGACCGCGGCGGGGAGCGCUGCCUGCCCCGCUACUCCUUCACCCGCCUGGACGGGCUGUCCCGCGCCACCGGCUACAACUUCAGGCACGCCCGGUACCACCACUGCCAGGACGGCACCGAGCGCCGCACCCUCACCAAGGCCUUCGGCAUCCGCUUUGACGUGCUGGUGUACGGCCACGCCGGGAAGUUCGGCAUCGUCCCCACCCUCAUCAACACGGUGGCCGCAUUCACCUCCAUCGGUGUGGGCACGGUGCUGUGCGACAUCAUCCUGCUCAACUUCCUGAAGGGAGCCGAGCACUACAAGGCCCGCAAGUUCGAGGAGGUGCCAGAGGUGGACAUGGCGCCAUCCCCUGGCAGCCCCACGGCGCCGGCCCGCGGGGGGCUGGGCCUCUGCCCCCGGGACAAGCAAUCCACCGACUCGGGCACCUUCUCCCUUGGCCACUAGUGCUGGGCACAGGGAUGGGGGGAGCAGGGGGUGCCCGGGGGGGCGCAGGGAUGUGGGGGGGACCCUGGGCUCCAAAGGUGUCCCAUAGGGGCCACCCAAGGUGGGCACCGGGACCAUGGUGCCCAGAGCUCAUUGCGACCCCCAAGAGGCUCCUACUGCCCACCCUGACCCCAGUGCCCACCCUGGGAGUCCCAGUGACCCCAGUGCUCACCCUGGGCGCCCCAGCCCUGUCCCUGUGUCCCCAGUGCCCAUCACUGCGUGUCCCAGCCCUGCCCGUGUCCCCAGGGUGCCCCAUGGCCCCCUGACCAAUGUGCCCCGAGCCCUGAGGUGCCACUUUCCCAUGGGGUCACCCCACAUCCCCAGGUCCCCACAGCUCCCACAUCUCCAUCCAGGGUGCCUGGGGCUGGGUGAUGCUUCCUGGGACAGUGGGUGCUCCUGGGUGCCAGGGAUGACCCCCCCCAGAUGGGUGCUGAGCCCCCCUGUACCUCCCAGCAUCCCCCUGCUCCCCCCAGCCCCACACCGGGGGCUGCACCCCCCACCCCAAUAAACCUUUGGCUCG